UUUCCUACACCAUCCUAAAUCUAGUUCAAUCAAUAUUCUCGAGAAGACAGUGAAAACAAACGAAAAUAAUUCAGAAAUUGUGGAUCAGGAUCGUUUAUGUAUGAUUGAUCAUUGAAUGUAUGCACUCUUGAACUGAGUGUUAAAUGUUCUAGGUCUGUUUAGUUAAUCUAGAAGCCCAGGAUGGGUGGUAAAUCGUCAUCGCUUAUGCAGAAGGUCGUGUCACCAGUGUCGCACUAUAUGGGCUACGGGGACUCGACGGGGGACGAAGACAGCCAGAGUGGAUCACGGGGAAGAGAGCCCGGCGAAGGUUUCGGAAUGCCCGUGAGAUUAGCGAACCCGUUUGUUCUGACGCGAUCAAGCUCCAUGUACUUUGAUGAAGAUGGACAAGUUGCACAUGAAUUUUAUGUGGAAACUCCAACAAGAAGUAAAACAAAGAAAGGCAGGAGGAGAAUGGGAAUGAGAAGGAUUUAUCAUAAUAUAUUCCCACAGGGAGAAGUACCAGUAGACCCACCUAGGUUACGAGGAGAGAUUCCUGCAGUAAUGAUGGAACUAUGACCAAAAUACUAUCUAUUACAUUAGAUUAUAUCAAAGAAUAUAGAUGUGAACCAUGCUGCUCUGUGUGACUGAAUAACUUUUCUCACUGGUCAUGCAAAAGGCAUGUUGGAGAACCACUGGCAGUGCCUGUAAAUACAGUCAAAGGUGUAUAUUACAGAGUGUGGUAAACUUAAAGAAAUGUUCUGCACGCUGUCUGCAGCGCCCAACUUGGACCGAAGCACGAAUGUUCGGGACGCUACUGCUGGUUUCAGUGAGCGGAUAUUGUGAAAAGGAACGAGACUUCUUGUACUCAUUUAUUUCUACAACCAGCACACAUGCCAGUGAGUUAUGUCCAGUCUAGUGUACUUUGCGCUUUGUUACACAAGGCUGAUAGUAAUUGGCAUCCAAUGUAUGAUUUAUUGUUUGUGUACAGCUAAUGAAGUGAUGAAACUUGAUGAUCUAUGAGUUCUAUGUCAUUUACCACUUUAACGUCUAGUAUUACCAAGUAUUCCCGUUGACUAAUACUCGAAGUUAAAAUCAAAUGUGAAUUCACAUGUUCAAAUCGUGUUUGAAUACAGUAGAUUCUGCUGAAGUCAACCUUCCAUAUUUAGUCAGAUAAUUGCCUAAUAUGCAAAACAUGUGUUAUUUAUCUCUUGUAAGUAGAAUUUUCCCUUAGUCAAACAGGUUUCUAUUUUGCUUCGGCAGAUACACGUUUAUUAUAUAUUUUACUUUUUAAGUAAGCUGACGUGUAAGCAAAAUUGUUUGUGGUGACCGGUCAUUAUUAAUGUGCCAUAUUGCACAAUAUAUAUCUAUCACACACUUAUAUUCAUAGAUCGUGUGUACAUGGUGAGGAGAAAAUAAUAUACAUUGAAACAUAUGUGUAUGUGUACCUUCCUGUGUUAACGUGGUCCUUUAUUCAUAUAUUUUUGUUUGUAAAUGAGUUUAGUACUGCUACCUCUACUACUACUACUUGUUGGCCUAAUGUGAUUAUUUUAUUAUAAGUUCAGUCAUAUACACGUAGCAUUCAUUUCGUCUUUCUCAGACAUUUCAUUAAAUCAUGUUUGAAAUUGCAUCAAUCUAUUGCGAGUGGUGACCACAAUAUUUCUUGGAGGGACUACAUCUGCCAUAUUUUGAUGGUAAAUUGCUAAUUUGUCUACUGCCAGCCCUUCCACUCACAACAUGGUCUACUUUCAUUUUGUCUCAUGCCAUUCCGUCCCUCAACAUUUCAACAACCAUUUUGUCCAAUAACCAUUUGGUACAAUUAUCACUUCGUCUAAUCACCAUUUCGUUUAUGACCAUUUCGUCUCAUAACCAGUUGGUCUAAUAUCCAUUUCAUUUUCAUUCAUUUUGCACAAUUAACAGUUAACACUUCAUAGUCCAAUUAUACCAAAUGGUACCGGUAUAUGGACUACAUGUAAAUGGCUAUUGGACCAACUGGUUAUUUGACGAAAUGUUGAGUGGACGGAUUGGCAAUUAGACCAUGUGGAUAGUGGAUGAACUGAUGGUAGACCAAAUGAUAGUAGACGAGUUGGCAAUUACAUGUAGAUGAAUUGGCAUUAGACGAAUUGGAAAUAAACCAUUUGGAUAAAAGGAAACAAGUUCAUACUAAAGUCGCUUUUCAGACCUACAUGUAUCAAGGCACCAUCAAAGCCAAUUUCAAUUGUGUACCAACUUCCUGUAAAUUUGCAUAGAUUCAAAAUGAAAACAUCAAUAACUUGAAUUUUGUUGAUACAUGGAUUGUAUGACUUUUUGUUAAAGCAGAUCAAUUACGUUCUGGUCUGAAUCAGUAGAAAUAAGAACAUAUCCAGUUGCCCUACUAGUCAACUUACCAUGGUUAGUCGACAGGUAUAACUUUUUAGUAUUUGUGAAAGUAAGUAAAAUAAUCCACAUGUAUUAAGUUGUAUCCCUUUAUCAAAUAGUAUAGAUACUAUUUGAUAUCUACUACAGAUAUGUGUUGUCAUUUAUAUGCUGUUUGAAAAUGGAAUUGCAUCUAUUUUAUGCCAGGUUUGUGGAGGUAGACUUAUUAAUUGAUGAUGAUUGAUUUACCUUUUGACCAAUCUUCACUACUUGUCGUAUCAACAUUCCUAGAACAGAAUACUUGCCCAUUAAUCAAUGACAUACAGGUAUUUUUGUGAUACUGUAGUGUUAGGAAAUCUUUAUUAGUUUUUACUUUUGAUCAUUUGACGCAAUAUUUGUUUUAUUCCAACCAUCAAAUUUUGGAGGAAAAACAUGAGCCAUGCACGACAAAGAAAUUAUAGAUUCAUACGAGCAGCUCUUGUUAUUGCCACUCAUACAAAAAAAUAUGAUUAGUAUAAUUUUCAGUUAUGUAAACUGAAUGUGUUAUGUUGCUGAAUUUGAUAUGAUAAGAAUAGCAAAUAUAUUCUUUUUAUUCAUGAGUGGUUUGUAAAGAAUCAAUAGCUAUGCCUUCUUUAAUAAUUUAUUUUUUGUUUGUUUGGUACUCUAUAUUGAAUAUAAUUUCAGUUUUGUGCAUUUUGGUUCUAUAGACAUUGUUAGUCAAUCCUAUGCAUCACAAUACAUGUUCUGCCAGUUUACUGUAGUACAUAUAUUUUGUGAUAAUUGUUAAUAUUCUUUGAGACCAAUACAGUACACAUGUGUAUAUUACAUUUGUAUCCAUUCAAUCCAUUGAAUGAAGUAUACUCGGGAGCUAUUAUUUUAAUAAAAUAUCAUAAUUGCUUGAUAUUGCAUACUGUAUAUGGUGCAAACUGAAAGGCUAAAAAGGGUGAUUUAACAUACUUUUGAAUUAGCUUCUUCUUUUUUUUAAAUUGAUAUCCUAACUGUAAAUGAGAAUUAUGCAUCUCGAAAUUUCUUGUAAUGUAAGAAACAGACUUGUACAGUGUGUAAUGUACUUCCAUACCUGAGUUCAUGCAUGGCAUUUCUUACGGACAGAUGCUCAUUCAAAUUUAGCAAGAAAAGAAAUUUAUGAAUUUAUAAAGAAAUAAACUUACCUUUUUGGAUGACUUUGAUUGUAAAAAAGGGAUUUUCACUGGAUCUGAAAAUUUCUAAUACCCAUGUCUGCAUAUGCACACUAUGCCUCCUAAAUCAGACAGCUUUGUUAAUUUUUCAUGUUUGAAAUAUUUCACCUUGUAUAAUCUAACAAGGACCACUGAACUGCACUAUUUGACACCGAUGUCAAAUUUCACUGUUCUGUUCUUACGUGUGUUUUUCUAAUGAUCUUUAUUUACAUAGUUAUAUUAUGCAAUUUUACUGACCUAUUUGUUUUCAUAUAGAAUGAAAUAGUCAUCAUUAAAGGUAAAGUCCACCCCAAAAAAAUGUUGAUUUGAAUAAAUCUAUAGAGAAAAAUCAAACUAGCACAACAAUGAAAAUUUCAUGAAACUCGGAUGUAAAAUAAGAAAGUUAUGACAUUUUACAGUUUCGCUUAUUUUUCACAAAACAGUGAUAUGCGCAAUUCAGUGACAUGCAAAUGACACAGCCGAUGGUGUCCUUCACUCACUAUUUCUUUAGUUUUUACUGUUUGAAUGAUAUAAUAUUUCAUUUUCUACAAAUUUGACAAUAAGGACCAACUUAACUGAUACAUAUAGUAUUAAACAAUGCUAAUUCCACAUGUUUAGGGAAGAAUUGAUUGUUGUUUCACUUGACAAUGAGGAGAAAAUUAGAAUAUUUGUGGAUAACGUCAUCAGUCUCCUGAUUUGCAUACUGAAUGGGAUGUGCAUAUAACUGUUUUGUGAAAUUAAGCAUAUUAAGUGUAAUAACUGUCUUAUUUUACAUCCGAUUUUGAUGAAAUUUUCAGUGUAAUGCUUGUUGGAUUUUUGUCUUUUUAUUCAAAUCAACUUUUUGUUGGGGUGGACUUGACCUUUAAGUUGUAUUUUAAAUGUGGUAGGAGCCUAUGAGGUCAUUAAGGUGCAAUUGUAAUAGUUAAUUUUUUUAUGAUAUUCUGCUGCAAGGGUGACAAAACGUAGGUUCAAAAUAUUAUAAGAUUUAGAGUCUAAAUUUAGACAGUAAAAUAGGAAUGACAUAACAUUGUAUCUAUCUAGUAGGGUAUUAUCCCAUUUGAUGUGAAUGACUGUUUAGUAACUACAAUCUCUUAGAUACACCAUUAACAAAUGAAGUGCUAAAUUGAGCUUUUUAAGAGCUCAUACUAGUGACUACAAUUUUGGAAUUGAAGUGCUAAAUUGAGCUUUUUAUGAGUUCAUAUUAGUGACUGCAUUUUGGGGUUUUGGUUUUCGGCACUUUGUUCCCACAAACAAAUUAUGUGAUGUUCUUUGAGCAUCCAAUUGCUGUUUCUAGCACUCUACCUGCCUAAAAUGCAAUCACUAUACAAGCUCAUGCAGUGCUGAAUUUAGCACUUUGUGUAAUUGAGGGUAGAGAGCAGAGAUUCAGACAGGAAUAAAAAAAAACAAUUGUGAUUUGCCCCAACCCCUUUAGAGAUGUACUCUAGAUUUCAAAAGGUUUUGUUGCCCUCAAUUUUGAUACUUGUGUGUGUGUUUACUCCAGAAUAUACAGUGGAAAUUCAGUAUGAUGAGAUCUUUGAAAUCAUCACAAUUUCUUUGUUAUAUACAAGAAAUUCAUCAUGUUUUAACUGUUUUAGGAGAUGGAUAUGAUAGAAGUGACAUGCAAUAUUUUUUUGUAAAAUACAUACUGUAAAUAUGCUGUUGAAAAAUCAACACAGGAUGACUACAUGGUUUGUCCUCAUCUUUUCCAGUAAUCGACUGCUAGAAACUUCAUCCUUUCAUUAAUAAUUGUAGAUGUCAUCGUGUCAUUACAGGUUGCUGCUUUUAAAGCAUUCUUUUUAUAAAACAUUCAAAUAAAAAUGCUGUCACAUACUUCCUCUGUCUAAAUAAUUUUUUUACAUCAAACAAUGUCAGAUGGCAGAAAAUUUACCUUUUUUGAUCUUGGCCAUUGUUCAAGUCUGGCAAUGCACGUUUCUUAGUAUGUAUGGUGAUGUUAGACGACCUCAAGGCUUUAAAAUUUCACAAUGAAAUUGGUGAAAUCAAGAGAACAGAGUAAUUUAGCACAUUUAACAGUAGAUGGCAGUAAGGAAACGCUCCUGAUAUGUCUGGUUUGAUAGGAACUGCCCUUUAUUUUCUGAAGUUGGAUGCUCCAUUGAAUUUUUACUUAUAUUUUCUACCUCUUUUGACCCACUAGGUUGAUUUACCCCCCCCCCCCCCCAACACACACACCCAGUUAUGUUACAUUACUGAGCUUUGAAAAUGAAAUUUGAUUUUAUUUAUGUACAUAGUAGGGUUGACAUAAAACUUAAACACAUAAUAAACAAAAAUAUGAGUAGUAUCUAGAUAUGUAUGUCAAGACAUUGUUGUAAAAAAAAUAUUGUUAGGAACAUUGAUAAAAAAUAUUGUUACACUGAGUUUUCACUGUAUUUCUGAUUUUGCAAUUUAUCUUCAGUUAAUAUAGAUAUACCAUGUAUUAUAAAUUCAUAUCAUUGUGGGUAUGUAUUAGUUAUGUUUCAGAAUCAUAUGGUGUGACAUUAUUUCAUAUCUUGGCCCGUCUUACAAUAGUUACGAUUGAUCCAAUCGAUCGUAACUAUGGAAAUCCAUCAGUGUCAUAAUUUUUUCUACAGUAAAUUUGCAAAAUGUCCUUUGAAAACAAAGGCGAACACACAAAAUUGUCAAGGAAUAUACAUCAUAUCUAGUUGAGAUUCAUCAGAUCAAUCGCAACUCUUUGUAAGACGGGGCCAAGAUCUAUUUCAAGAGAUCUCUAAGAAAGGCAUUGAAACUAAGUUAAGACAAAAAUUUGACAUAAGAUAAAAAUUGAUUCAGGAUUCAGAGCCAUGAGAAUAGUCAAUUGGAUGAACAUAGUGGUAAAAAAUACUGCACAAAAAUGACAUUAUUAUUGUUAAAAAUUAAAUUAUUUUUAUUUGCCAAGAAAUGGCCAAGAGGAAAAUGAAAACUAGUUUUACGAUAUGCAAAUCUGCAACAUACCAAGAUAUUUUUCUUCAAAUGUCUGUGCUUAUGGUUCAAAAAGACAAAACAUUUCAAGAACGUUGCAAUAAAAGAAGCAAAAUGUUGCCAUUUUGAGAAGAGAUAUUUAGAAUGCUUUCCAGAAGACACUGAAUAAAAUAUCUUCAAAGGGUUUGUUUGUAUUAAAUCUAUAUCACCAUUCUCGAGAGAGAUAUUUCGUGACAUGGAUAUCAAUAGUCUUCUGUUAUUUUGAAUAUAUAUAUGCAUUGUGUUCUUUUUCCAAGCUGUGUAAAAUUCCAAAUGCAUUUGGAAACGAACAGUCAUGACGUGAGAAUGUAUGGAAAUAAAGAAUCUAAACAUA